AUGGGCUCCUCGUCCACUCCGGCGGCCGCGGCAGCGGCAGCAGCGGCGCCGAGCCGGCGCAAGGUGGCGCUCUACCUGGCGCUCCUCACCCUGCAGUACGGCGUCCAGCCCCUCAUCUCCAAGCGCUUUGUCCGCCAAGAUACUAUAGUGACCUCACUAGUUCUUGCAACGGAAGCAGCAAAGGUUAUUUGUGCAAUCAUUUUAUUGAUUGCAGAGGGUAGUCUGAAAAAACAGUUCAGUAACUGGACUCUCACUGGAUCACUGACUGCGUCUGGACUGCCUGCUGCCAUCUAUGCCCUCCAGAAUAGUCUGCUGCAAGUAUCAUACAAGAAUCUGGAUUCCUUGACCUUUUCAAUCCUUAACCAGACUAAGCUUUUGUGGACAGCAUUUUUCACAUUUCUUAUUUUGGGGUUUAGGUGGUUCCUCUCAUUAGGAGAAGAUAAUACCUGGUCCAACGAGCGUGCAUCCCCGACAUUGGUUCACCUUGACAGAGCAUUUUUUCAUGGCAGAUUGGGAGGUGAUCUUCCCCAACUGUCUCUUACAAAGUGCGGCAACAAUGCCGUCAGAUCACUGCCUACUACUCCUUGGCUUUCACGACAACCCAUCUAUGAAAUGCUGGUUCCACUUGGAGAGUUUGGACUGACCUUGAUGGCUUCAUCGACACUGUCAAGACUUCUUGGGAACAGCCAGCAUAUAGUUUGUGCCCGGUUGAGCGUCCACAAAUUCAAGCGCCUGACUUGCCACACGGUGCAUAAGGCCCUCCCUGACCGCAGAUGGGUGAGGGACAUAAGAGGGGCACUUAGCCUCUGUCCUGGCAGAGUACCUACAUGUCUGGGACCUGGUGGAGGUGGUCCUCCAGCCAGACCUCUCGUUGUUCGCUAUUGGUGCCACAGCCUCUCUGGUGAGUAUUCUGCGAGCUCUACAUAUUGGGCAUUAUUCCAUGGCUCCUCAUUCUUUGAACCUGCCAAAAGGCUGUGGAAAUCUUGGGCACCUGCGCGCUGCAAGCUCUUCCUCUUGCUAGCCAUCUUAGACCGGUGCUUGACUGCAGACAGGCAGACCAGAAGAGGAAUGACACCCAUCGAGCUGCACAAUGUGUGA